AUGGCUUCGGGAGAUACUGAUCACAUAGAAGUGAUGGAUAGUUCCGUGACGAAAAAGACGGAUAUCACCACGGGGCCAUCUGGUUCAGAGGACGAUGAUCGCGACAGACUCUCGAUUGCUGAAAAAAAUGUACCAUACGAUCCGGCGGUCGGGCCCUUGGGCGCCAUCAGCAAGGUGCACAAGUCCGAUCGGAAGAUUGGUCAUCGUCGCGUCGGCGAAGGAGGCGAGAUCACCUACAAGAAGAUCCAGUCUUCGCAGAUUAUGGGAUCCAUACAAUUGGGCAUCCAACAUGCGAUCGGCGGUCUCGCUUCGAAGCCGGAGCGUGAUCUGCUGAUGCAGGACUUCAUGACCGUCGAGACGACCAACUUCCCCAGCGAGGGCUCGAACCACACACCCGCGCACCACUACUCCGAGUUCAAGUUCAAGACGUACGCGCCGAUCGCGUUCAGAUACUUUCGCGAUCUGUUCGGGAUACAGCCGGACGACUUUUUGAUGUCAAUGUGUAGCGCGCCGCUACGCGAGCUGAGCAACCCCGGGGCGUCCGGGAGCAUAUUCUACCUCACGAACGACGAUGAGUUCAUCAUCAAGACCGUGCAGCACAAGGAGGGGGAGUUCUUGCAAAAGCUCCUGCCUGGAUACUACUUGAACCUCGAUCAGAACCCCCGCACAUUGCUACCGAAGUUCUUCGGACUGUACUGCUAUCAGUGCAACAGUAAGAACGUGCGGCUGGUAGCCAUGAACAACUUGUUGCCGUCCUCAGUCAAGCUGCAUCAGAAAUACGAUCUCAAGGGAUCCACGUACAAGAGGAAGGCAAGCAAAACGGAAAGACAGAAGAAUUCACCAACUUACAAGGAUCUGGACUUCAUGGAGCACCAUACUGAGGGUAUAUUCCUCGAGGCGGACACGUACACCGCCCUCAUCAAGACCAUGCAGCGGGACUGCCGGGUGCUGGAGAGUUUUAAGAUAAUGGACUACUCACUCCUAGUCGGCAUUCACAACCUGGACGAAGCUCAGCGGGAGAAGACGGAAGCCCGUAAGAGGACGGACUCGGGCCAAAGUGACGACGAAGGAGAUGGGGAGAAGAAAGGAUUAAAUAGGACUAGAUUGGAACAAAGUCAAGAAGAUUUCAAGGCGCAAGUGAAAAGGACACAGUCGAUAAACCGUCAACGACUGGUGGCGCACUCUACGGCCAUGGAGAGUAUACAAGCGGAAAGCGAACCGAUCGACGAAGAAGAGGACGUUCCCCCUGGCGGUAUUCCGGCGAGGAACGCGCGCGGGGAACGCUUGCUUUUGUUCCUGGGUAUCAUCGAUAUUCUUCAAUCGUAUCGGCUUCGCAAGAAACUCGAGCACACGUGGAAGAGUAUGAUACAUGACGGAGACACAGUUUCAGUGCACAGACCCAGCUUCUACGCGCAACGAUUUCUAGACUUCAUGGGGAAAACGGUCUUUAAGAAAAUACCUUCGUCACUGAAACACUCGCCGUCGAAACGAAAAAGCAUCGCGAAGCCAUCGAGACCUAUCGAAGAAAUCGAUACACCAGGACGAACGUACAUCGGCCGAGCUAUAAAGGACUAUAAUCCAGACUUUAUGAGACAGGUCAGAUCGCCCAGGUCGUCCGUUCGAUCUAGCCUGAGCGAUUUCACAGACACGACAAUUUCCACAUGGAACCAAAGACACCAGAUGCCCACAGAGUAUCCAUCUGUCCUAUCAGAUAGAUUGAAAAUCGAUAGAGAUAGAUUGCCGUUCGGUAGACGAAUCGACUUCGAUCCAAAUUUGCAGAUAAGGGAGCCAGGGACCUCCUAUGACGAAAACAUGUACAGAACGUCUGUUCAGGAUAGAAUGGAAUCCCUAUCUGAUCAGCUGACCAAAGUGCUGAGCACGGGCGCCGGCAGCUCCCAUAUAAACGGAAGUCUAGCUGACAGCGGCAUACAAACGGACAAUACAAGUACCAGUGUCCCGCAAAUAUUUAUAGCGGACGCACAAACCGCACCGGUCAUCAAAAUACUCAAAGAUGCCGCCGUCGACACUAGAAACGACAAUAAUCUCCAAGACAUACCCUUCAUUGAUGACGAAGAAUUUGAUAGGCCAUGGAAGAAGAGAUCGAACGUUCUAGAACGGCACAAGAGCGCCUCGAACAUUCCAGAGCGUAUAGAAGAAGCUAACUCCAAAGAAGAGUCGAAUGAGAGGCUGUCUAUGAGUUACAAUAGGGCCAAAUCGCCAACGUUUGUAGAGAAGUUUAAGAAGUUCUUCAUGGAUAUUGGUCUCGUUAAAACCGAAAGCGCACCGAACACCGAAAUUGAGCGCAACACGAGCACUUUGCCCAAAAAUCUCAACGUCAGCUACAGAACGCGCAGUGUCUCACCCACCAAGCUGGAACCCAGAGAAUCCUCAACUCUACCCAAAGAUAUGAGAUUUCGUAAGGUGCAAUCGACGCAAACCGUCUACAUUAGACCAGAAUCUCCGCUAAUUAUUAGGGAAGGUACCCAAGAGGACGUGUCUACGGAUUCGCCUAAGAUAGAACUCACUAAAGGUGUAUCGAAAGUCGACCUUACAGAGGAAACCACACUUCUCUCACCGAAGGAUAUUUCAAAGGAACAUGUCUCCGUAGUCCAGCUUAAUGGAGACGAACACAUCAAGGAUUCAGAUUCCGAAAGAGUCAUCAAGGAGGUCGUCUAUGUAAGGAGUCUGGAUAAGUCCGAAAUAUAUUCCGGAAACGAUAGCGGUAGCACGAUUAUUGUGGUACCUCCCGCUGAUUGA